AUUGUGCACUGUGGGGGUGUGUGUGCAUCGGUCCACUGUUUUUAACGACAAAGUAGCGCAAUGAGCGACAAUAAAAUUUUACAAUUCGCACCUUUCGAGUCAUUUGUGUCGCCCACCUUCUGGCACAAACUGGCCGAGCUGAAAUUGGAUUAUGAUCGUCUGUCCGAUACAGAACGCCCAAUUUCUGGCCACUACACAAAUCGCAAGGCGUCCGGCUGUCUGCUCGAGGUCGACUACAGCGCAUAUAAUAGUGAAGCGCAGCCACCAAAAUUCAGCCAUGCAGCCGUUGGGCAUAUUUACAAUAAAAACACAAUUGAGGAGUUCAAGGCCCUGGACAAAACGGCCCUGCUGGCAGAUGAGGGCAGGCAACUUUUGGCUGAUAUGAGCAGCGGACGCGCCUUGAACGAUGCCAGUUUAUUGGCACGUUUCUUUGUCCUAUCGUUUGCCGACCUCAAGUGCCACAGCUAUUACUACUGGUUCGCCUUUCCCUGCCCGCUGACGCCCACCCUGCAGCUGCUAAGCGACCCCAUAAAACUCAAAGCGCUGCCCAAUUGUGACGCCUGCGUCGACGCUAUACGCGCGCUGCCUGCCGAGGCGCAAAACUUUUUCGUCCUGUAUGUGAACGAGGGGGCGGAGGUGUGCGAGGCGCGCAGCCUGAGCGCUGCCUUGAGCCAAUUCGAUGAGCAGCAGGCGGAGCAUUAUUAUUACUGUUUCGCUGAUCCCAGCGAGUAUGAGAAUCCGGCCUGGCUAAUGCGCAAUUAUGUGGCCUUGCUGCUGCAGCAGUGUCCCACUCUGGUUGGCAAACCGCUCAAAUUUUUGGGUCUGCGCUACGAUCAGCAACUGCAACUGGACAACAGCCUAAUUUGGCACGUGUCCCAAGCGGAGGCAUGCAGCUACUCGCAGCUGCAGUUUGUCGGCUGGGAAGCGAAUCGCAAUGGCAAAAUGGGUCCACGCAUGGCCAAUAUGCGCGACAGCAUGGAUCCGGCCAAAUUGGCGGAGAACUCGAUCAACCUGAACCUGAAGCUGAUGAAGUGGCGCCUGGUGCCGGAUUUGAAUUUGAAUAUCCUGGCAGAAACCAAGUGCCUGCUCUUCGGCGCCGGCACACUGGGCUGUGCCGUGGCCCGCAAUCUGCUGUCCUGGGGCUUCAAGCACAUCACGCUGCUGGACAGCGGCAAAGUCGGUUACUCGAAUCCGGUGCGCCAGAGCCUCUACACGCACGCGGACGCAGUUUCUGGCAAUUGCAUGAAGGCACCCACAGCUGCCGCGCAUCUGCUCGAGAUUAAUCCCAGCGCCGUGACCAAGGGCUAUGUACUGGAAAUACCCAUGCCCGGCCACACCAUAGGCGAGGCGUUGCGCGCCCAAACGUCGCAGCAUCUGCAGCUGAUCGAGCGGGAAGUGCAGGCGCAUGAUGUCAUCUUUCUGCUCACCGAUUCCCGCGAGAGUCGCUGGCUGCCCACGAUGCUGGGCGCGGCAUAUCAAAAGAUUGUCAUCAAUGCGGCGCUGGGCUUUGACAGCUACCUGGUCAUGCGGCAUGGCGGCACGUGGGAGCUGUUGGGCGAUAGUCCCAAGGAUAUCGAAGGACUCAAGUGCAUCAGUGGGCAACAGCUGGGCUGCUACUUCUGCAAUGAUGUGACCGCGCCGGGCAAUUCGCUUAAGGAUCGCACACUGGAUCAACAGUGCACUGUUACGCGACCCGGCGUCUCUAACAUAGCGGCCAGCUAUGCGGUGGAGCUGUUGGUGGCCCUGCUGCAGCAUCCGCAAAGGGAGCUGGCGCCCGCCUACUACGCCAACACUCGAGCUGGUCAGCAGCAGCAUCAGGAGACGCCGCAACUGCCGGAAGGACUGUUGGGCAUCUUGCCGCACUCCAUACGCGGCAUGCUGUGCAACUAUGAGAACAUUUUGCCUGCCACACAAAAGUUUGCGCAGUGCAUUGCCUGCUCGCAGCGCGUUUUGGCCGCUUAUCGCAGCGAGGGUCACGCAUUUUUGUUCAAAACCUUCGAAACGGCCAAAUAUCUGGAGGAUCUAACUGGCAUUUCAGAGUUUAAGCGACUUAACAGUGAGAUAAUAGACUUUGAUGAUGAUCAGUUUGAUAUGUCCGAGAGUGAUGAUUGAAUUUUAACCAACAUUUCAUUUUCUAUUAUAUUUAAGCUUAAAGAGUCAUUCGUCUAACACCAAAAAAUAUAUAUGUAUGUGUGUUUUUUGCUAAUACCAAA